AUGGCUGAGAAUCCUGUUAAUGGGUCCAAUUGUAGGGUGGAUCCCGGUUCAGCCAAAUCAAACAACCAUCCUGGUUCCAACUCAGAGGGAAAUUGUCCAUACGGUAAUGAAAACGCCGACUUCUCCUAUACUGUGUUAAAAUACAUAAACGAUGUGCUUAUGGAAGAAGAUGUAGAGGGUAGACCCUGCAUGUUGCAGGAUUGUUUAGCUCUCCAGGCUGCGGAGAAAGCUUUCUAUGAUGUUCUAACUCAGAAGUAUCCCUCUUCACCUCCUCAUUUCCAUCACAAUUUACAAGUCCCAAACAAAUCAACCUGGCAUUAUGAUCCACACGACGACUUUGAUUCAUUGGAAGAAAGGAGGAAAAACAAGCAUUUGGCAAUGGCUGUAGAAGGUUCGUCUGAAGAACACAUGUUCGACGAGGUUUUCCUUGUUAAGACUGGGAAUGGUGUAUCCAUGUCAUGUCCUCUUUAUGAAGGAUAUCAGAAUAGAGAAGCCAACAGCAAGUUGGAAGAUAAUGGAGAGGUGAAAAGAAAUAAUAGGAAAAGAAUACCUGCAAAGAAACAAGCCGGCAAUGGAAAGGAAAUGGUGGAUUUGGGGAGUCUCCUAACUCAAUGCGUACAAGCUGUUGCCGUAUAUGACCAAAGAAUUGCAACUGAGCUACUUGGUAAGAUCGGGUACUAUUCUUCUCCUUAUGGUGAUGGAACUGAGAGGUUGGCUCAUUACUUUGCCAAGGGUCUCGAAAUACGCUUAAAUGGUACCAGGGCACCUCUAUUCACCCAAAUUCCAUCCAAUACUACAUUGGCCACUGAUGUCUUAAAAUCCCACAUUUUACAUGUUUCAGUAUUUCCUUUCGGGAGGAUAUCAAAUUUGUUUUCAAAUCGAAACAUUGCAAAGCUAGCAGAGAAGGCAACCACGGUCCAUGUUAUUGAUUUCGGCAUUGCCUAUGGUUUUCAAUGGCCUUGCCUUAUUCACCGUCUCUAA